UCUCUGUUAAGCGCAAUGUAUCUGUCGAAUAAAUUCCUUUCAAUUAAGUGUGGUGGAAGUGAUCAUAUAUUCCUAUCUACAUUAAUGAUUCCUACAAUGAUGUCCAAACUUCGUGCAGUUACUCAAAGGGUCAGUAUUAACCAAAUAAGAAAGUUAACGACAAAAGAAGUCCUCGAGAGAGAAGCUAAAUAUUCCGCCCAUAACUAUCAUCCAUUACCCGCUGCCUUAACAAAAGGAGAAGGAGUUUUCGUUUGGGAUGUCGAAGGGAAAAGGUACUACGACUUUUUAAGUGGAUACUCCGCCAACAAUUUUGGUCAUUGCCAUCCCAAAAUUGUGGAAGCGUUAAAGAAACAAGCCGGUGUCCUUCAUCAUACAUCCAGAGCGUUUUAUUCCGACGCGUUCGGAGAAUACGCCAAAAUUGUAACUAAACUGUUUGGUUACGAUAAAGUUUUACCGAUGAAUACAGGGGUCGAGGCAGAUGAAACCGCAUGCAAGUUGUCACGAAAAUGGGGCUAUUACAAAAAGAAUAUACCAAAGAAUAAGGCGAAAAUGAUCUUCGCCAGUGGUAACUUCUGGGGUCGAUCGUUAUCGGCGAUAUCUGCAUCAACUGAUCCAGAAAGUUAUGAGGGUUAUGGUCCUUACAUGCCAGGUUUUGAAAUUGUUCCAUAUGAUGAUUUAAAGUCUCUAGAGACGGCGUUCAAAGAUCCCAAUGUAUGUGCGUUUAUGGUUGAGCCUAUCCAAGGUGAGGCAGGUGUCGUUGUACCAUCAGACGGAUACCUAAAGGGCGUUAGAGAAUUAUGUACUAAAUAUAAUGUUAUAUGGAUUUCUGAUGAAAUUCAAACGGGCUUGGGACGAACGGGCAAAAGGUUAGCAGCUGAUUACGAAAAUGUUAAACCUGAUAUAUUAGUCCUUGGAAAAGCACUUGGAGGCGGCGUGUAUCCCGUUUCUGCAUGUUUAGCUAACGAUGACAUCAUGUUGGUUAUGGAACCUGGCACACAUGGUUCCACGUUUGGAGGAAACCCUCUGGGAUCGAAAGUGGCUAUUACCGCACUUGAGGUACUAGAAACUGAAGGUGUUAUUGAAAACUCUUUUAAAAUGGGAGAGCAUUUUAGAAAAGGUGUAGAAAAGUUGAAUUCACAACUAAUAACAAAAGUAAGAGGAAGAGGUCUUUUAAAUGCAAUCGUUAUAAACAAAGAGGUGAAAGCUGAGGAUGUUUGCUUAAGGUUAUUGAAUAACGGAUUACUUGCAAAAUACACUCAUGGAGAUAUUAUAAGAUUUUCACCUCCACUUGUUAUUACUCAAGAACAAGUGGAAGAUGCUGUUAAUAUUAUUGGAAAAACACUUCGUGAAAUGUAAAUUUUUAUAUGUAAUAAACCAUGUUUAAGAAAGUAACAAGAAUUAAUUCUAUAA